CGAGAAACUCCUGCUAAGAUAGCACAUUUUUAGUUCCUGGAUCUUGGGCAAAUUUCACAUGGUCCAUAAAUACAAAAGUGGUGGACUAUUCGGAGAGAAGAAAUGUCCGAGCUUACAACCUCCAAAAAGAAGAUAAUGACACAGUCCUAGGCAACAGUUUCAGUUUCAUCGCGGCCCCCUUUUACAAUAAUCCACGGCAUGUCAACAGAAAAGCAGACUGCCCCAUCUAGGCCGCCGCGGGUGCUCUCGUGUGUGUUGUGCCAGCAGCGCAAAGUCAAGUGCGACAAGAUAUUUCCCUGUGCGAACUGUGUACGGCUCCGCGCUCAAUGCGUACCGGCUACGCUUGCGCCGCCUCGUCGCCGCCGGCGUUUUCCUAAGCGAGAACUUCUGGAUCGCCUCCACCAUUAUGAGAAUCUACUCCGGGAGAAUAGCAUACCGUUUGAGUCACUAUAUGGUGAGGAGAGUAAAGCCUCCAGUCCUCAGACUCCGCAAGAUGCGUCUUCAAAAGGAUCAGCGUCGAGAGAUGACGCGGUAGUCAAGCCGAAAUUGGCAUAUAGACCUAAAGAUAUCUGGAGGGCUAUGAGCCGGAAGACCUCAGAUUCCGAAGAUGAUGAUAUCGAUGAGAGCGAUGACAGUGACAGCGAUUCUCCCUUCAAAAAGGAUGCUCUACGUCAGCCCAUGAUCACUAAAGUAUGGGAUCGUAUAUAUGAGAGCCAAGAUAACAGCCACCUUCUAUUUGCCGCACCUCAAACAAGUGAUGAUAUUUCUACUAUACACCCGGAACAUAUACAAAUCUUCAGGCUCUGGCAGAUAUACCUGGAAAACGUCGACCCCUUAUUGAAGAUCACGCACACGCCUACUUUGCAGGCGCGCAUUAUCGACGCCACAAGUCAUAUCGGUACUAUUGAUCCUACAAUGGAAGCUCUCAUCUUCAGUAUUUAUUGCGUAUCCAUAUUUAGUCUCACCAACGAUGAGUGUCUUACCUUCUUUAUGGCGCCGAGGGAUGAUCUUCUGGUGCGGUAUCAGUUGGGAUGCCGGCAAGCUCUGCAGAACUGUAGGUUUUUACAGACUACUGACCGAGAUUGCUUAACAGCAUUAUAUCUCUAUCUGAUCUCGGUAAGACCUAAAGUAGAUCCCCGAUCUCUAUCCUCGAUGCUCAGCAUCGCUGUCCGUAUAGCGCGUGGUAUGGGGAUUCACGACGAAACCACCUGUGCUAAGUUCACGGCUCUAGAAGCUGAGAUGCGCCGAAGACUAUGGUGGUCGUUAAUAAUUUUCGACAAUCGGAUCAGCGAGCUUUGCGACUACAAGACUGCGUCACUGGCUCCUACUUGGGACUGUAAGACUCCCCUGAACGUGUAUGACUCUGAGAUCCGGCUGGAGAUGAAGACCCCCUUGGCGAUCCACGAGACACCCACCGAGGCCAUUUUCGCCGUCGUGCGCAGCGAGCUAGCCGAUUUCGUCCGGCAUAGUUCCUUUCACCUUAUGUUUACCAAUCCGUCUCUGAGUACUAUUGCCAAGAGUAUGCGGCAAGGCUCCGCCUCGGAAGGCGAUGAGCUGGAUGCUUUGGAAAAAACGAUAGAAGACAAGUACCUUGCCUUCUGCGAUCUGGAUAACCCGCUUCACUUUAUGACGGUCUGGACCGCGCGAGGCUACCUUGCAAAAAUCCGUAUCUUGGACUAUUACUCGAAACACCUGACGUCGACAGCGCAGCUGACAGAGCUACAACGCAACACUACCAUAUCCUCGGCCCUGAGGAUGCUCGAGUGUGACACGAAUCUCACUACUUCACCUCUAGUUAAGGGGUACCGUUGGCUAAUUAGCUACCACUUCCCACUGCCAGCUUAUAUCCACCUUCUUCAAUGUCUAAAGAAGCGGCCCAAUGACGACAAGGCCGAAAAGGCUUGGGAAGUAAUGAGCGACAAUUACAAAGCUCGAUUUAUGAGUGCGGAGGUCAACGAGGCCUUUUCCCAGGUUUUCUUCCCAAUUGUUCUUCGGGCCUGGGAGGCGCUGGAAGCACUAUCGAGACAAGAGGGCAAACCCCUAGUUCCGCCAUUGAUCGUAUCAGAUAUUCGAGACAGAAUACUGCGGAUGAAGUUAAAUCACCCCCAAGACAGCGAGUUGGAACAAUUGGGUGGAGUUACAGGUGCCAACAACGUCGACUUAUUUCAAAUGUCCGCACCCAUGAACUUUAGUAGUGGUUAUGACCCGUCAUACAACACGAGAGAACAGGAUUUCUCCACGAGCGCGGGACUCUGGGACAGCUCUAACGUACCAGCCCAGGCUACGAUGGACGUCAUGAAUUUUGACGAUAUCGAUUGGACGAAUAUAGGCUGGAAUCCUAUGUGAUUAUGUGGCUCUGAAAAGUGAUGGUGUUGUUUAGAGUGACGGUGUAGAUUAAUUGUAAAAUAGCAAGAAUCUACACUAGAUCAAUACAUUUCA